AUGGCAGAACUGAAACGGAGGGAGGAGAAGCAGCUCGAAUUGUCCCUGGAGGCGCUUAUUAGCCAGGUGGCUGACCUGAAGAAUUCCUUGGUCAGCUUCAUCUAUAAGCUAGAGAAUGAGUAUGACCGGCUCACCUGGCCCUCAGUACUGGACAGUUUUGCACUGCUCUCAGGCCAGUUGAACACGCUGAACAAAGUGCUGAAGCAUGAGAAGACGCCCCUAAUGCGCAACCAGGUCAUCAUCCCCCUGGUGCUAUCUCCAGACCGUGAUGAGGAGAUCAUGCGACAGACAGAAGGGCGUGUGCCAGUCUUCAGCCAUGAGGUGGUACCGGACCACCUCCGUACCAAGCCCGACCCUGAGGUGGAGGAGCAGGAGAAGCAGCUGAUCACAGACGCAACUCGAAUCAGCUCUGAUGUGGCACAGAAACAGAUCCAGAGCCUGAACAAAAUGUGCUCAAAUCUGCUGGAGAAAAUCAGCAAGGAGGAGCGAGAGUCUGAGAGUGGAGGUUUACGGCAAAACAAGCAGACUUUCAACCCUGCUGAUACCAAUGCACUGGUGGCAGCCGUGGCGUUUGGAAAAGGGCUGUCGAACCGGAGGCCUCCAGGCUCAGCGGGACCUGUCCAAGCAAGUCAGCCAGGUGCCGGUGCCAUCAUAGCAGGGGCUUCAGGCAUCCAGCAGGUCCAGAUGUCAGGUGCUUCUAGCCAACAGCAGCCGAUGCUUGGAGGAGUGCAGAUGUCACAGGCAGGCCAGUCAGGUAAGAUACCCAGUGGCAUAAAAACCAACAUCAAAUCUGCCUCAAUGCACCCAUACCAGAGAUGAGCAGAGAGGAGCCUCGUCCUGGCUGACCACACAACACUAGCAUUGUUCCUGCCAAUUGCCACUCCAGGAUUUCCUUCCAUGCCUGUCAGAUCCCCUCAAGCCUCCACUCAUCAUCCCCAGCAGAGAGAUUUCUGGGUCGGCUCUCCACUCCUGUGAGCUCCAGGCUGUCUCCUCCAUCUGGUUUUAUUCAGUGCUGGAGGGUUUGUGCAUAGCUGCUGGUGGCCACGUGCUUGGGGUGGGAGCUCCCCAGACAAGGGAAAGCCUGUCUCCCAGCUGGUCUGGCAUGGAGGGGCCCAUACUCUUCAUUCAUCCAAAUGCAGAACCUGAACGGCUUCAGAGAAAACUCUUCUCCUGGCUUCUGUGUAAGGAGGUGCAUGAAGGUUGCACUGCCCCCUCCCUUUCCCCUGCCUCCCAUUGUUGAAUAAAGACCCUGUACUAUGCCAAGUGUGACCACUGCUGGCUGUGUGUCAGGUCCCAAGGAGCCUCGCAGCCUGAUCCUCAUUUCCCUUUGGGAAUGGCUGUAGAACAGCUCUGCCUCUAAACAUGGCAUGGAGCUGGCCAUUUAUAUGGCAUCUUGUUCUCUAUUGAAUACUGAUACGGAAGUUGAAUCCAGGAGUUGCUGUUGGGUUUCACCUGGACACAGCACUCCCUGCCAUGAGCAGCAGAAUUUUUAUUUACUGUAAAACUCACAAUAGCUAUUCCCCAGGCACCAGUCCUAGAAUGAAAAAAAAUCCAUCCAAGGGGAAAAUGAGUAACCCUGUACCACCCUUCAAGAUGCCAUGCUGUGAGGGUCACAGCAGAGGGAGCUGCAGGAACAGAAGCACAGAUGUUCUGUUAUCUAAUGUCUCCACUUGCCCUGAUCCCAUCCCAUCUCCUGAUCUCCCUCGCACCAACUUUCACUCUUCUCUGUAAUUUCUCACUCUCCUCGUGCUCUUUCCUCUCGCAAUACAAACAUGCUUUAGUCUUUCCUAUUUUAAAAAACCCUCGCUUGACCCCACUUGUCUCUCCAACUACUGCCCCAUCUCCCUUCCAUCUACAAAGCUCAUUGAACACACUGUCUAAAAUAAUAGAGUAUCAAGGCCAGCAGGGACCACUGUUGAUCAUCUCGUCUGUCCUCCUAACACAAAGUGUAGAGCUUGCUGUCUGGAGUUCCAUCCUAGGCCCUCUCCAAUCUGGCUUCUGCCCUUACACUCCACUGAAAGCACUCUUGCCAUCGUCUCGAAUAACCUCUUCCUAGACAAAGCUCCUCAAUCUGUCAGCCACCUUUGGCACCAUCAACCAUGCUCUUCUUUUGGAAAUCCUGUCCUCCCUUGGCUUUGGUGAUUUUGCCCUUUCCUGGUUCUCCUCCUACGUCUUUAGUCACACAUUCAACGUGUCCUUUGGAGGGGGAUCCUCAUCUGCACUCCAACAUUAUAUGGUGGCUCCAUAUGGCUCUGUCCUUGGUCCUUUUCUCCCUCUACACAUCUAUACAGGGUAAUCUCAUCCACAAAUACAAGUUCAACUACCAGCUGGAUGCUGAUGACUCUCAGAUCUACCUUUGCUCCAGGCAUGUCUCCUUCUGUCCAGACUUAAAAUCUUGGCCUGUCUCCGACAGCUCCUCGUGGAUGUCUAGCCAUCAGCUCAAGCUCAACAUGGCUAA